AUGAAUAUCGUUGAAUGGGCUUUCGGCAAGCGCAUGACCCCCGCGGAGCGUCUGCGCAAACACCAACGUGCCUUGGACCGUACUCAACGUGAACUAGAUCGCGAACGGGUGAAACUGGAGAAUCAAGAGAAGAAGCUGGUGCAAGAUAUCAAAAAGAGCGCCAAAAACGGCCAGGUCGGAGCCUGUAAGAUCCAGGCCAAGGACCUGGUUCGGACACGGAGAUAUAUUCAGAAGUUCUACCAAAUGCGCACCCAGCUACAGGCGAUAUCUCUGCGCAUCCAGACCGUGCGAAGCAAUGAACAGAUGAUGCAAUCUAUGAAGGGAGCUACAAUGCUUCUCGGUAGCAUGAACAGACAAAUGAAUCUACCAGCGCUUCAGCGGAUUGCGAUGGAAUUCGAACGAGAGAACGACGUUAUGGAUCAACGACAAGAGAUGAUGGACGACGCAAUUGACGAAGCGACAGGAAUGGAGGGAGAAGAAGAAGAGGGAGAAGACAUCGUGAAGGAGGUUCUGGACGAGAUAGGUGUUGACCUCAACCAGGCUCUGGGCGAAACACCCGCAGACAUACAAAAAGCGCCAGUCAAUGAAACACGGGUUGCGCAAGCCAUCGGUGGAGGAGGGAAUACUAGCGACGAUGAUCUCCAAGCCAGACUGGACAGCCUUCGAAGAUAA